AUGUACAGACCUACACUGGACACACGAUUGAGACGCCGAACAGUAGCAAUGGAUAGGGAUGAGUAUCUUGAGCGAUACGCACGACUGAGCUUGCAGUCCGAAGCGCUGCGACGCCGACUGAGCAUCAACAGCCCUACAAAUGAGGGACUCUUCUGCGUCGACAGCAUGUCACCAGAAUCGUCUCCAUCAGCGCAUCGCCCCUCCGUAUCGGCGCAGGCACAUCGGUAUUCAUUUCCUUCCGCACAGGUUUGGCCUACUCCACAAGCCACUCCAGAUGCCUGGAAGUCGCCCGAAUCAGAACAGGAGGACGAAGCAAACCUCUAUGAGAUCAAUCACCAGAUCAAGUGUCUGCUUACAGACCUGUUGAAUUGUGAUUCAGUCAAAUCAGACAAGGUUUAUCGGACGUGGGUACAAGCUAGGUUGAUGGACGCAGAGCACGAGCUCAAACGGCAGAGACGGCGGAGGAGCAGUGCUGCCCAGGAAACUAUGCGGACGAUAAGCAUCAGCCAUGGUGUAUCGUCCAUUCCAGGCUGUAGAGCCUCGUUCUAG